AUGAUACAGUCAUAUAAUAAACAUGUAUCCAUACUUUAUCAUAAAAUUCAUACAUUUACUCUACAGACACGAUUAAUCAAUACGUCAUGUUAUAUUUUAUUUAUAUUGGGAAUUAUUGGAAAUACAUUAGGACUUUUUGUCUUUUGUUCAUCUCGACGUUCUUGGCGAAUAUCAUCAACCUAUACUUUUUUUGCUAGUUCCAGUUCAAUAAUAAAUUUUUUUUGCAUGUUGAAAUAUGUAUUUGUUUUGCAUUCAUCAUCACGAAAUAUUUUACAUGAUUUAGUUGGUCAGAAAUGGUGGGCUUGUAAACUUUUUGAAUUCUCUUUUUCUUUUCGAGUAAUAUCAUCAUGGAUAACAUUGUUCUGGAUGUUUGAACGUUUAACAUGUGUGUCGAGAAAAUUAAGAUUACUUUCUGAACGAUGUGAACCCUAUAAAAUCAAAUUUAUCGUUCCAGUUGUAAUGAUGAUUAUUAUUUUUAGCUGUGUUAUUUUACCUCCUGUUUAUAUGUAUCAGCCACAAAUAACUAGUAAUGAUGCAUUAAAUUCAACACCAAAUAUGAUGUAUUGUGAUCUACAUCGAAAUGUAUCUGUUAAACGGCAAAAAUAUUUUCAUGACAUUCAUAUUGGCAUGAAUCAUUUUACAAUACGUUGUCUUUUUUCAGAAUUAAUUCCAACUGGAACGAUUAUUUUCUUUAAUACUUAUAUAGUUCAUCAUCUUAUAUGUACAAAUCGUCGUUUACAUACAAAAACUAUUUAUAAAUCACGCAAAAAACAAUCACGUACUACAUCAUGGAUGAAUAUUGUUCUUGUUCUCCAUUCUUCUCUUUUUCUUGCAUCACUAUUUUCACAUGUUGUUGGACAUUUUACUAUUGUCGAAGCACAUGAAUCAUGGUGGGUUUUAUUAUCGAUUUUAAUUAAUUGUUCAUUGAACUUCUAUGUUUAUUGUCUAUCGGGUACAGCAUUUCGAAAUGAAUUACGUCGACUUAUUCAACAAUGUAAAAUACUAAUGAUUUCCACACUGCAAUCUUGUCAAAAUCGGCGAGAGCAAUCUUCUGAUGACCCAAGAUCGACUUUUGAAAUGAACAAUAUGCAAGCAUUUUCUCCUUCAAAAACACGCCCAUGUAUUAUGUAG